UCACAGACCACGAAUUGUUUUCAUUUUCGGUAGGUAUACGAAUUACGAAAUAUUAUAUUUUCCUUCGAGGUGGUUUCACAGGCUUUUUCGUUAUUUCAGAAUUAAGUAAUUUUUAAAACUACGCUUGUUUAAGUUCAGAACAAUGGCUAGUGAAGGUAUUUCGCCGCAGGAAAUAGAGGCUUUAUGCCAAACUCCAAGUCCUUCUACUAAGGACUUCAUGUUCCAACAAACAAUGUACAGAAUCAAGGACCCUCGUCAAUCCAUUCCGUUCUACACUGGCGUCCUCGGAAUGACAUUACUGAAGCAACUACACUUCCCGGAAAUGAAGUUCUCCCUAUUCUUCAUGGGCUACGAGAACCCAUCUGAAGUUCCUCAGGAUGAGGCUCAGAGGACGACCUGGGCUAUGACCAGAAAAGCUACAUUAGAAUUAACAUAUAACUGGGGUACAGAGAGUGAUGACUCCAGCUACCACAACGGCAACUCUGACCCGCGAGGCUUCGGUCAUAUUGGCAUACUAGUACCGGACGUAGAUGAGGCUUGCGCUAGGUUCGAACAGCAAGGUGUGAAAUUCAUCAAACGUCCUCAGGAUGGCAAAAUGAAAGGUCUUGCUUUCAUUCAAGACCCUGAUGGCUAUUGGAUCGAAAUAUUCACCUCCAAAGUCGUUUCCUAACCCAAAGACCCAAAAAUACAAACCCAAAAUGUUAAUGUGUAUAAAGUGUUAAAUAUUUGCCUAUAAGAAAUAUGAAUAUCCUAUAAUAUAUAAAUAAAUAUGAAUAUAUUGGUGCCAUUUUUGA